CUCUCUCUCUUAACUCUCUCACUCUAUUUGUAGUCUUGUUACAUAGUUUCAUGUUACAAGAUUCGUCUUUCCAACUUCCUUACAUCAUUUUGUACCAGUCCUAAAACCUAUGUUUCUAUUUCUAAUCUCGAUUCUCGUUCUGUCGCGCGUCGAUGGAGCGUUAUCCGUCCGUUGCACGACGACGACGGCCUCCAAAACGUUCGAAAAAUGCAUGUUAUUACCGACGCAACAAGCGUCGAUAGCGUGGGCGUUCCACCCGCACAACGCCACUCUCGACGUCGUAUUCUUUAGUAGCUUCAUAUCCCCGUCGGGUUGGGUCGGGUGGGGCAUCAACCCGACGUCCCCCGAAAUGACGGGAACACGGGCCCUAAUCGCAUUCCCCGAUCCCAAUUCGGGCCAACUCGUCCUCCUCCCGUACAUCUUAGACCCGACCGUAAAAUUACAAAAAUCUCCCCUCCUCUCCCGCCCCCUCGACCUCCACAUCCUCUCGUCGUCGGCCACACUGUACGGCGGCCGUAUGGCCACAAUCCAUAACGGCGCCACUAUUCAGAUCUACGCCACGAUUAAACUCAGCCCGAAUAAAACCAAGAUCCAUUUUAUCUGGAACCGUGGGCUUUAUGUCCAAGGCUAUUCCCCGACGAUCCACCCGACGACGAUGUCCGACCUCUCGUCGAUAACGACGAUCGACGUUCUAUCAGGGUCGACGACGAAAUCCCGCAACGCCGCCCGGCCGCUCAAAAUCGUCCACGGGAUCAUCAACGCCGUCUCGUGGGGGUUCCUCCUCCCGGCCGGGAUCGUGGCGGCCCGGUACCUCCGACACAUCCGAUCCGCGGGCCCCGCGUGGUUUUACGCGCACGCCGGGAUUCAACUAACCGCGGUUUUCUUGGGGACCGUCGGAUUCUCCAUCGGGAUCAAGCUCGGGGAAAUGUCGCCGGGCCGGGCCUACGGGCUUCACCGGAAGCUCGGUUUCGCGGCGUUUUGCCUCGGCUGGCUACAAACGCUCGCGCUUUUGUUCCGGCCAAAGACUACGAAUAAGUACCGUAAGUAUUGGAAGUCGUACCACCACUUCGUCGGCUACGGCUGCGUUGUCGUCGGCGUCGUGAAUUGUUUUCAGGGCUUCGAAGCCAUGGGAGAAGGUGAGUCCUAUGCCAAGUUAGGGUAUUGUCUGUGUCUUUCGACAUUGUUGGGGAUCUGCAUUGCCCUUGAAGUGAAUUCUUGGAUAAUGUUCUGUCGGAAAGCGAAGGAGGAGAAGCUGAAGAGGGAGGGUGUGUUUGGGACAUUUUCAGAAAAGGGGAGUGCAUCUAGUAGAGGAUGAGGCUUGUGGUUUGUCAAGAUUGGGGUCAGCCAAACGGGGGACUAUCGAAUUUUUGAUAGGGGACAAUUGGGCAGUCGAAGAAGAGUUGUCUUGAAUUUUGGUUUGAAAUUAAUUUGCAACGUAGUAUAGGAUGAUAGUAAGACUGUUCGUAAUUAUGUCAGAAGUAUUUCGACUUUGUCUAAAAUAUUAUAAAUGAAAAUAUUUAUUGAUUUAAUAUUUAAGGGAUAUAUAUAUAUAUAUAUUAGUAAU